AUGGUAAUCCGCAAAUUUAUAUGGGAACAUAUCAUUUGCAUAUUCGGGUUACCAUUGCGCAUUACCGACAACGGCACCAAUUUCGCAUCAGAAGAACUUGAAAAGUGGUUUAAGGAAAUGAAGGUCGAGCACAACUUUGCCUCUGUGGCGCACCCACAAGCAAAUGGCCAAGUCGAGAGCGUCAACAAACAGAUAGUUGAUGGUAUAAAGGCAAGGCUCGGGACGGUGCGCAGAGGCUGGGUCGACGAGCUUCCUAGCAUCUUAUGGGCUCAUCGUACUAUGCCAAAGACUAGCACGGGAGAAACCCCAUUCAGUCUUGUCUAUGGAUCGGAGGCGGUAAUUCUAGCUGAAAUUGGCCUUCCAUCACCGAGCAUGCUUGCCAUGGAAAAACAAAGCAAUGAGCAGGAAUGA